CCCGGGGGCAGGUGGCCGGUCCCCGCCCCGCCCUGUGCCCCCGCGCCGUGCCGGGCUGGCGGCACACGGGGCUGCCCCACCUCGCUGCUACAGCCGCGUGUUCCAUGUGUUCUAGCCCGCAGUUCCCCGUUCCGCCCCGACCUCGGCGGCGCCGUGCGUUGUUUGCUCCUGAGCUGAAUUUGGAAGAUGUCUGUGUUCUGCACUGUGAAAGCUGAGUCCAGACAGCUUUUAAAGGAAAAUUCUAGCAGUCAACAAAUAAGAUACUGGAGCCUGAAAGAAUAUAUAGAAUUUUCGAAACAAGAAGUGUGAAACAAGUCCUUCUACUACUCAGGCCCCUGCCUGUGCGACAUGAUAUGUAAAAUGCAUUAUGUCAAUACAGCUGUAUUUGCAGCUCUCAUCUGUUUCAAAAUUUCUAAGAAUUAACUCUGGGGUUUUAUUGGGAAAAGCCACAACACUGCACUUCAGCCAGAAGAUUUGGAGUCGAAGGUUUCUGAAAUCAGCGGAGACUGCUUGAGAACAGCACGUGGUAAACACAGUGCUACAUCUCUAUAUGUAGAAUAACUCUACAGUCACUUAAACAAUUCAAGUGUAAAUGUUCAAUAUGUACUUCGAAACAGACAAAGAAACAGCUUCUUUUACAACCUCAUACUGAGGACCUCCUGAAAAAGAGAACACUGAAGCAGAAAACAGUUAUUAUUCUCUGUUCCCACUGAUAUUGUUAAUUGCUGAGCAUAUCUGUGAUUGAAGAAGAAAAUUUGCUCCCCUGCAGCCAGGUUCUUUCUCUUAGAGUCUUUCCACAGUCAUAAAGCUUUGCAUAGAGACUCCAGACUCAGACUCAGCCAAAAUGGGCUGUCUCAGCGAGAGAGACUAAAGAAACUGCUCCAGAGCUAAGGCUGGUGUCACAUCCUUCUUCAGCAUUACUCUACUGAUGCUUGCAGGCACUAGGAUCCAGGAGAUACUGCUCCUCCACUCAACCCUAUCACCUGUGUUCACCAAGAAAUGGCUAUCUGGGAGUGGCAUCUAGUGGGUGGAGCUUUGCAACUCAAGUGGAAUAAUGGAGUACAAUCGUAAUUACAAGUUCAGCUGACCCUUUACUGCCUGGUUCAAACAGAUUAUUUGCUCUUUCCCCCUUCUGCGUCCUUCCUCAUUGUCCUGUUCCCUCUAACCUCUCACACUUUUCUCCAUUAUUGUGUUCCCUUUACUAGUUUCAAAGUCCUGUUCCUUUGCUUCCUCUAAAAUUUUCGUAAUUUUAGUCUUUCUGCAAUAAACCUCCUCACCUCUACACCAUCUUCCCCUAGAAUUGUCAAAAUAGCAAGAGUUUCAUGCCAUUGCAUUACUCAUUGAAAUUUUGUGUAUAAUUAAAGAUUAUCAGAAAUUUUUCAUCACAGCAUGAUUUCACUGGAAAAAAAGAAGUUGAAAAAAUACUGCAAUUAUUUUAUUAGGUUUUAGAAAAUAUUCUACUGGUAAAUUUCAAAACAAAAUGCUUUAUAUUGAUAUUUAGUAUACUUAUUCAUUUUGGAAUUUUGAAAAUUUGGGUGCAGUGGUUUUGGUUGAAAAAGAAUUUGUAGGAUUCUGAAAUGAAUUUUCUAAAACUGAUCCGUCAUAGGCAGUUUCCAGUUUAUGGGAUAUUUUGAAAAUAUUUUACAAUGAAAAUAAUUUUUAGUCUCAAACAAAAAAUGUUCAAGUUUUGACCUGCUUUUUAGAUCCCUGUCUUCCAUUCUGUAUUAUUCAUUGGCUACUCACAUUUUUGGAUCUUAAGAGCAGAAACUCUUCUUUGUACAGUACCUAAGACAAUGGGAUUCUUUCUUUCUUCUCAGGACUAGCACAAUUAAUAUUAUUUGAAUAAUGAUCAUUUGAUGUGGAAAUACUUGGAUUAAAGUCAUUGCCCUGGUUAUUGCAGAAGGUUAAGGUCUAUUCUAUCAUGAUCCUUUCCAGUCAGUAAUAUGAUGAAGCCAAUGCUUAUGGUACUAUUGCAACUUCAAUAAAAAACAUAUUUUAUGUCAGUCAUAUUCUGUAAGGAUGUGUCACUGAUUCAUAAAAUCACUUCUUGAUGAAGGCAGUCUCAAAAGCAGAAAAAAAUUUGCUAGUAGGAUAGAACUGUAUGUUUUGAUGCAGUACCAAGUAGUAGGAACCAGAAGAAGUGUUAUUUUUAUUUAGUGAUCAUAACCAUACCUUAAUUUUGUCUUAGAACUAGGCUUCCCUUUAGGUGUUAAGCAACUGCAUUAUUUUUAAAAUGUCUCUGUGAAGCAAUCUAGAUCUAUGAGGCAGAAUUUUGAGAAAAUUCUAUUUAGUCAAUUUCGAGUCAAACAGUGUUCCCAGCAUGCACACUGUCAACCAGAUUUCUGUCCUUUCUAAAGCAGAAAGCAUUUACUGAACUCCAUCUUUGAACUACACUUCACCUUGUGUCAUGGUUGAGUAACUGCAAACACUAUUUCUGCCAUAUUCAGUUGUAUGUUAUUGAUGCCAUUUUAAAUAUGCACAUAAAAAAGAAACCAUUUAUCGCCCUCAAUUAAAUCCGUUCCUCUGUAAUGGCAUAAUGUCUAGCUGCCAAAUAACUUCAUGGUAUUUUUAUUACUCUCAUUAGCUUUACUGAAAUGGAGCCAAACAAAAGAAUGCCGUGGUAACUGAGUAAUAUGUCUUUCCACCUGGUCUCCAGGAGACACAGUAUAUUCUUAAUGUUAGUUAGAAAAUAUUCUACUUUAUUUCAAAUUGUUUAUGGAGAGAUUUCUGUCAGAAAUAAUAUGAUGAAGUUAGUAAUUUCAAAGCUAGUAAUUUAAUGAAUUAAACAGUUUUUAUUGCUCUGGCAGAUAAGUUGCCCACUGAAGUUCAUCUAAGUUCUUUCUUCACAGAAUAGUGUGUUUGGAUGGAAUGACAAAGAGCAGGUGGUUAAAUGUGGUGGGGUAUUUUUUGGUGAAACAUUGCAUGUCGGUCUGUUAGAGCCAGUUGAAUCAGAUAAUCCCAUAAAUGUGAGGCUGCUUUAGGUCCAUAUCCUCAAUUUCUGCCUGUAGCAAAGCUGAGCAGCUGCUCCCAGAAGGUGGGUGCAUGGGCACAAAAACCACACAGAGGCAACACACAUCAGUGAAUCUGUAACAUUUACGUGUAACAUAUACAUUUACACAUAUGUGUGUGCAUUUGCACACGAAAAAUGGAUCGCUGUAGUAGCUGCUCCUGGAUGCUCAAGUGACCCAGUAGCUGGCCCCAGAUCCCCUCAUCUCCCCAGUUGCGGGGGAGCUGCAUUUGAGCCUGGAGGUUUGCAAUCCCUCUCUUCUCCACUGGCUAAUCCAGCUGAAAGUUCCCUAGCAUCCAAAAGUACCACUCAGAACAGUCCACCCAGACAGAAGAUAGUUGGAAAUAGGAUUUAAUGAGAGCAUAGGGCAGACCACAGUGAUCAGGCACACAUUUCAAUCUGACAAGCCACCAGUUUACACUGAACUGACCUCUUUAUUCCUCUUAUUUUCCCAUGCUUGUUUCUCCCCAGUCCACUUUGAUCCUUUCCUUUCCUCCCCACAUUCUUUCCCUUCAGGCAUCCGUUAAUGAGUGCUAUACCUCCUUCAGUCAAUGAGGCAUGUGGGGAAGGGAGUUUGUUUGGUGGGUUCCACACAAGGACUGUGCUUUGGUAGUCAGGUGAAGCUCAUUCCCUGCACCCCAUGUUCACUAAUUACGCUGCUAGAGCUGUCAGUUUUUGUCUGAUCCUGGCCUGGCCUGUGUAGGUGUUGAUUAGCCUUUGAGUAGCCUAGCACAGUCUACCAGUAAGUUUAAACUGCAUCUGAAGUUGCUACAAAAUUCUGUGCUUUUAUUGAAACAGAUAAAGGAAAGCAUGUACAGUAACACCGUAUUUUACCUCAGUCUCUAUUGCUCUCAGUGUUUAAAUGUAUUGACUUAGGGUUUCAGUAUCUACAGCAGCUAAUACAAAGAGUGACCUUUUUUCUCUCAAAGUUUUAGGAAUAAAGUAGGGAUACUUCCGGCAAUGUACUAAUCCUAGAUUUCUUUUUCUUUUGCAGCCUAUGAAGUGAUCUGACAUACAUGAAAGAGAGGAAUAAAAAGAUUCCUUACGUACAUGAAUCCCUUAGUGAGCCUCUGAUCUGAUAUUUCCUCCUGAGGAAAAGCAGACAUCAUGAAGCAGAGAUUCAUUUCAUCAGUUCAAAUUAUUUUGCAGCUUGCUCUGACUACAGCAGGUCUGACAGGUCAGUCAUACCCUGGCAAACCUAAGAUAAUAAGAUGUCGUUCUCUAGAAAAGGAAACCUUUUCUUGUUGGUGGAAGCCUGGCUCAGAUGGAGGCCUUCCUACCAAUUACACCCUGUUCUACAGCAAGGACAGUGAAGAAAAAAUCUAUGAAUGUCCAGACUACCAAGCGUCAGGUCCCAAUUCCUGCUACUUUGAUAAAAACCACACUAAUCCCUGGACAACAUAUAUUAUCACUGUAAUGGCAACGAAUGAGAUUGGAAGUAACAGCUCAGACCCUCAGUAUGUGGAUGUAACCUCCAUAGUUCAGCCAGAUGCUCCUGUGAACCUCUCUCUAGAAACAAAAACAUCUGCUAGUAUAACAUACCUUUGGGCAAAAUGGUCUCCACCUCCGCUGGCUGCUGUCAGCUCUAAUUCACAUGCAUAUCACUAUGAGCUACGACUUAAACCUGAGGAAAAGGAAGAGUGGGAGACAAUAUCUGUUGGAGUGCAGACACACUACAAGGUGACCGGGUUACAAGCUGGGGUGAAGUACAUUGUUCAGGUCCGUUGCAUGUUAGACCUUGGAGAAUGGAGCGAAUGGAGCUCUGAAAGAAACAUCCAGAUCCCCAAUGGAGAGUCACCUCCUGAAAAGCCUACCAUAAUAAAGUGCCGUUCUCCUGAAAAGGAAACAUUUACUUGUUGGUGGAAACCUGGUUCAGAUGGAGGACAUCCUAUUAAUCACACUUUGCUUUACAGCAAAGAGGGAGAAGAAAAAGUUUAUGAAUGUCCAGAUUACAAAACUGCAGGCCCCAAUUCAUGCUACUUCGAUAAAAAGCACACCUCUUUCUGGACCAUAUACAAUAUUACUGUGAGGGCGACUAAUGAAAUGGGAAGUAAUGUCUCUGAUCCUCAUUACGUGGAUGUGACUUACAUAGUACAGCCAGAUCCUCCUGUGAACAUAACUCUGGAAUUAAAAAAGUCAGUAAACAGAAAACCAUAUCUGGUCCUGACAUGGUCUCCACCUCCACUAGCUGAUGUCAGAUCUGGAUGGCUUACUCUUGAAUAUGAAUUGCGACUAAAGCCUGAAGAAGGAGAGGAAUGGGAGACUAUUUUUGUUGGACAGCAAACACAAUGUAAAAUGUUUAGUUUAAAUCCUGGAAAGAGGUACAUUGUACAGAUUCAUUGCAAACCAGACCAUCACGGAUCAUGGAGCGAGUGGAGCCCAGAAAUGUACAUUGAGAUUCCUACUGAUUUUAGAGUAAAAGAUAUGGUUGUGUGGAUCAUUGUUGGUGUCCUGUCAUCUCUAAUAUGCUUAAUCAUGAGCUGGACAAUGAUUUUGAAAGGGUACAGAAUGAUGGCCUUUAUCCUACCACCAGUUCCAGGACCAAAGAUAAAAGGCAUAGAUAAACAUCUGUUAGAGACAGGAAAAUCUGAAGAAUUACUGAGUGCUCUUGGUUGCCAUGGUUUCCCUCCAACAUCAGACUGUGAUGAACUACUGAUAGAAUAUCUGGAGGUAGAGGACAGUGAGGAGCAGCAACUCAUGCCAAGCCAUGACAAUCCCAGUAAAAAUACAAAAAGAAUACCCAAGGAAACAGACAGUGACUCGGGCCGAGGGAGCUGUGAUAGCCCUUCCCUGCUCUCUGAGAAGUGCAGGGAGCCUCGUGCCCUUCCAUCAGUGCUUCAAACACAAGAAGUAAGAGCUGUCCAAGAAAAUAAAGGAGCACAAAGGAGCUGGGAAACUCAGUGUAUAGCCUCAGAACAGGAAACACUCCUUUUUAACAAUGAGAGUACAAAGUCAUCCACAUGGCCUGCAGUUCAGUUACCACCUAAUAAUCAGCUUCCUAUAUUUGCCUACCACAGUACUGUGGAGGCACACACGAUAAUACUGAGUACCACAAAUGUGAACAUUUCACCAGUUUUGGUGGGAAAUGAAGAAGAGCAUCAGUCACGAUAUCCUGUUACUGAAACUGUCCAUGACAACAUGGAAAAGCAAAGAGAGAUGGAGUAUUCCAAAACUGAACAAACUACAGUGCAGGUCAAACAAAACAGACAUAAUGACAAGUCACCUUUCUUGAAUCCUAAACUAAUGGACUAUGUAGAAGUUCAUAAAGUCAGACAAAAUGAGGAGCCAACAGUAUUACUGAAACAUAAAGAUAAUAACAGAAAGACUGAAAAAUACACUGUUCCAGGAACCAGCAAAGAAUAUACCAAGGUCUCAACAGUUGUGGACCAUAAUAUUCUAGUAUUAAUGCCAGAUUCACGCAUCCAGCACACACCUGUAUCUCAAGAACCUGCAAUGGAAACAUCACAGAACCUUCAGCAAAGUCAAGCUGAGAAAAAUAUGAGCUACUGCCUGACAGCUCCAAGUGAUUGCAAAAGAGAGACCAGUGGAUCAGAGUAUAUGGACCCAUCUUCCUUUAUGCCCUCCUUUAAAUAACCAGUUAGUACAGUACAUACUUAUAUAUUAAAACAAAAUCACAUAGCAAACCGUUCUUCAAAAAAGCCUAGCCUCUAAAAGCCUAGUCUCCUGUGUGUAUUGUACAGAUAAUAAAAUAGACAGUGGGUUGAGGUAAUAAUCAUGGAAGUAAAUCAUGGAGCAUUAACACAUGUUUCUGACACAGUGAAAUGAGGAAAUGGAUAUUGUCUGCCAUGAAAAAUACAUAGUAAAAUAAUUAUUCAGUUCUGCAAAGCUGUUAAUUGAUUAAGCCUGAGGGAGUACUGCAGGUUCAACAAAGAUGAAAAUUGUUACGGGUCAGUCAGCACACCAUGGUGAUCGGAGCAGUUCCUCUGUUAGAUAAAUCAUUGCACAGCAGUAUUGUUAUCUACAGUGUCAUUUCUUCUGAGUGCAUUCUGACAUUAGAUUAAGAUUUCUUUAUAUUUUUUUCUCAAUCCUUGAGAAAAAAGGAGUUACUGUAUAUGACAAAUCAUAUAUAAAAAGAAUAUAUUCUACAAAUGACAGUAAAAUAACAAAUUCUUCUAAGGAUAUUUUUGCUUUGUUUCAAUGUGAUAGAAAACUUUGCAUCCCAUUCAUAUCCCAGACCAGGCAAACCAAACAUGAAAAAAAUAGCAGGAUAAUAUUUGAUAUACUGCCUUACUGUAUAUAAUAUACAAUUCUACUUUAGUAUAAGCCCAUAUGUUUAACAAUAUAUUUUUAAAGGCUAUUUUUCUAUUAUCAAAAAAGAGCAAAAUAAAAUAUUUUUUAAUUUCCCAGUGUUAUUUAGCUACUUAGGAACUUUUCUGUUUCCUUCUGCUGAGACAGCAGUACCAAGUAAAGCUACAAUUUCUAUACAAAGCAUGAAAUUAAACUUUAUACUAAUUAAGAAUAUGAAAAAAUUUUUAAACUAUAUUUCUAAUAUAUUACAGAUGUAUUACUAUUUGAAUUGUAAAUUAUUUCUUUCACACGUUUUUUAUCACCUAUAAUUAUAUAAUUAAAACAGAAUCUAGGUUUUGAGAGCAAAAUUUAUUUCCUUUUCUGAUGCCAAUAGUGAAUGGAAUGGUGUUCUCCUGCAUCCUUAGUCAUUGCACUUUUCUCUGAGUCUGGAGGGAAAGUUUGAAAUCAGAUUUUUUAUAACGAAUUUAGUAACAUGAAUUUUGGAAACCAGCCUCUAAAGCCAAAGAUAAGAGGAAUAAAGUCUGAGUCAUAGAUCUGCUGAAAUAGCAAUGAGAAUAAGGAAAGGAGUCCAUGUACUAGAGCUGGACAUAUGUCCCCGGAACAGCAGUGGGAACAGUAAGGAUUCAUCGUAUCCCAUGUAAAUGGAGACAGAAUCAAAAUUAUACUGUAGUGGCUGUGAACUUACUGUGGUCCUUCCUUCUUGAAACAAAAGUUUAAUUUACUCCAGAAAAGUACGACCAAGUGAUGACUGAUUAAAACUGGACCAAAUAUUUAGCCACUCUAUCUAGCUUCAGGGGAAACAUAAGGUAAGGGAAAGGUUCUGUACAUAUGAAGGAAGAUGUAUUUGAUAAAUGGACUGACUCUCUUUUGUUCUUCUCCUUCCUGAACAGUUCUACAUUUCUCUAUAUUUUCAUGAUUUUAUGCACUGAGACAGCCUUCCUGCAGUAUGAGGUACCUGCUGCAGAGCCAGCCAAAAGAGAAUUUCAGAUUUUGAAGGUCCCAGAAGGCCACAUCUAAUUUGACAAAUCAGAUUUUCACCCUUUACCUUCAAUGCCAUGGAACUGCUCAAGUACAGAUUAGUUGAGCUAUCUAGCCUUUCCACAGGCAGGACUUAGGAAUUUAACUGAUUGUCUGUGUGUCUAUAAACAUAUGUGUUAGUGUAGACUGUAACAUUUACUUUAGGCAUCAGAUUUGGAGCCUAAAUCCUCUAUACAGGUAAUGUACUGCUGACUUCCAGAAGCUGAUCAGAGCAGUCUGGCUGCUCUAAUGAAUGUGUGGGGAGGUAUCUUAGAUUCUUAAUACAUCCACUUAUUUAACACUUGAAGACAUGAAAUGGCUACUCCAGAGAGCAGCCAGACAUAAAACUUUGUUUAGUUAUGAUUAACAGAAUAAUUUUACUGUAGAUAUACUUUUCAUAGUAUAUCUUACAAAUUUCUGGAGAUGCUAAAAGUACUGCAAAGAAACUAUUGAGUUAUCAAGAAAAACUGGAAUGUUUUGCAGGACAGUAACUUGUCUGUGUGCAAGUAUGUAAGCUGGUUAUACACUGUGUCUGACAGUGUUUCAUUUACACUUCAGUUUUCUGACUGAAUCUGACAGAGCUAAUCCAGACCAGACACAUUCUCUUUCUUUACACAGAUAGUCACAUCUGUGUUGUUUCCUACACCUAAUGCUGCACAUAAAGACAUGCUGCUACAGGCCUUCUGGGAGGUAUCUAGUGAUGCACAGAAGGAUAUAGAAUCUUACCGAGCCACAGCCUAAAGAUGUGCCUCAUAUAGUGGAUUUCCUAGAUUAAAGCACAUGUGACUACACAGACCUACGACAGCAGCAGACUGUUGCUGUGGUAUUGGUUACUUUGUACCUGAGGCAAACAGGCCCAACUUUUGGCAGAUUUUAAGAGUAUGAUUCAUCCCAUAGGCAUGUGUGCCUCCAGUAAUCCACAGAGAGAGAGAGUCAAAGAGUUUCUAUGCUUUGUCAUGGAUUAGUACUGAACUGCAAAAUAGCUGUAGCAUAAACUACAUCAUAUGGUGUUGAUUCUAUUCCACCUUUGCUGAUGAACGUCUCAAUAUGCCAAAUCAUCGUGGCUCUCAGUGAAAAGGUAAAUUCAGCCAGAGUGGAAAAGGGGGACAUUUGCUCACUACAUGAAGUUUUGAGGGAUUUGCUAGUUAAAUAUAAUAUAAACACAAUUUUUAUAAAUAUACUUUAUUCUUUAAGCUGGACAAAUGUGCAGAUUGAUUAUUUUUCCUUGGAUUUGCUUAUGUUUUCCAAAAUACCUUGUUACUCCCAAGGGCGGAGCAACACCUUCUGAAAGUGACCUUUAACAUCUGAAAGUAUAUGACAAAAAUAAUAAACUAUUGUUCUGUGAAAUCAGAAUAACCUUCAACUAAGUGUUUGGUCCUUUGAAUGUUCAAAUACUUAAUUCUUUCUGUUUGUGAUGAUAUUUUUGCUUGUAGUUCUUAAGCUUUUUAUUAGGAAAUAGAUGAGCUUUUGCAGCAGUUGUACACAGUCAAUUGAUGUAAAAUUAUGACAACACCAGUAGGGAAUAACAGGCUCUUGACACCUCCUUUGAUAUCCAAAGGGAUGAAGUAUACAACAGAAUUUACCCCAGAAACAGUGAUUAGCCCACUAGCUCUUGCACCAUAAGUCAGAUUUCUCACAUUGAACAAUUAUUUCAAGAUGCAAACGAUGUUUUCAAUGUCAAAGCUAUGCAUGUGUCAUUUAUAGUGUGAAUUACUUUGUAAUAGCAUAAAAGCCCUAAAAGAAAGAAUAAAGACUCUUCAAAAUAAUUAGUUUUAUAAAAUUCAUAAAAUUGAAUAUAUAUAUUUUAAUUAAUUACCUUUCCUUUUGACUCAGAUUAAUUUUAUUAACUUUUUUCAGUACUGACAAAUAUGAUUCAUUAUCGUACAUUUUCUAAUUAGACUUUUUUUUUAGCAAAGACAUAUUUGAUGUACUAUUUUAGUAUCUCAGUGUUAUAUUCCAGACUUUUAAAGAAAUACAUGUUAUUGAAUUGGCACGUGUGCUCACAAAGCUCACUGUCACACACAAUGCAGGCUUGAACAAUGGUCUUGAUAACAUCAUGUAACUACAAAGAUUAUUUCAUAAAAAUGCAGUAAACUGACCUUAUAUAAUAUUAGUAAGAGGAUAUAUGUGUUUACAUAACUGUAAAACAAAUAUGUAAUGAUGAUUUAUGUUAAAGCAGUGAAUUUCGUAGUAUAUCUGUCUAUGUGUCUAUGUUUAAAUGGCUGAAAAAUAGACAGUUGCUUUAAAUGUCAUUUAAGUAUUUAAAGUGUUGUGGCAGCAGGUGUUCAAAAUCAAUAAGCAGAAUUUUUUUGUGCUCUCUGAAGCAUUGUAUGUGUGGGGUUCACCUCCUGAAACCUGUAAGUGUAUUUCAUAAUUUUAUGGUAACUGUAAACGAUUUGAAGGUGUUGUGCAAGGAAACUGAAGUCACUUAAGCCAGUUGAUAGAUACCAGACAUCUUCUACAAAGCCAUAAAGACAAAUGAAAUGAAAAAAAUGUCAUGAGAUCAGGCAUCAUAUUCUCAAAUAAUUGCUACCUCAGAUUUUUUUUUUCUCCCUUUAAAAGGCAGGCAAAACCAUUUUGCUUUUUGUACAAAAUAGUGAAUCAGUCUAUCAAGAUUUAAAAAACCUUAUUUUUAAAUCCAAAUUAUUUUUGUUAACAAACAGCUUGUCACAAAAUCAUCACUUGUUUUGCACUGGUAGUAUGAGGAUGGGAUAUUUGUCAUGUGUGGCAAAAUUAAAUGUUUUUAAUAUGAAAAAAAAACCACUGAAAAUUCCAUUUUGUAGGAAAAGCCAUGUUUCCCAGCUUGGCAGUCAAACAUCAGUCCCUUUCCUGACCUGAAAAGUUUAUUGCCACUACCUGUGUUGCCAGGUUGCUAGGACUGAAUGAGCCAAAUUUCCAGAGAUGCCCUCAUUCUGGAUCUAAGCAUUUAUCAAUACUUGCUAUUUAGAAAUACCUGUUUUCAGCUGAGUUCCUAGGAAGUAAAUCUUUUCUGUCUCUACAUGAGCAAAAGUGGAGACACCUACUCUCAACUGUCUCAAACCCUCAUACUAAAUUCAGACUCCAGUUCCCUUGGGUGUGGAAAGAUGGACUGAAUUACAAUUUGAACAACCUUGUGACCCUGCCUUGAAAAUGAUUUUGAAACAAAUCAGGGAAUUUCUUCAUCUUUCCUGUGUAUGUCAAGCAGGAAAAUAAAGAUAAGUGGAUACAUAAAUACAUAAUAUAUGGGGAUAUAAAGAGCUUAAUGAUCAUAGAAACAUAGAAUUGUUUAGGUUGGAAAAGACCUGUAAGGUCAUAGAGCCCAAAUGUUAUCCCAGCACUGCCAAGUCCACCACUGAAUGACGAGAACAGGGACAAGGUUGCUGUAUGUGGCAGAAUGGGAAAAGGAGCACAGUCACUAUAGCACAGUACAUGGGUAGAUGACGAGAGAAAAAAUGCAUUUUGACUACUACUGAGAAGAGAAGGAGGGAGAACAGAAAAUGGAAGUGAAAGAAUCAAAUGUAAGAGUAGACAGGAAAAAAUGAGAACUAGUAGAGCUGAGAGGAGUGAUAAAUGAGUUACUGAGAAAAAAAAUAAAAGAGAAGAAAAUACUUCUAUAUCAAAAGUGGGAAUAAGCACAGCUACCUGAUACAGUCCACGAAAGUAGUAAAGCCUUAUUAAAUGCUAAAGAGCUGGCAAAAUGCUGAAAUCAGCUACUAUGGAUCAGCUAUUACAUAUGAAGGAAAAAGUCCUUCAACAACAUGAGAAGUUGUCAUUCACUUUCUAUCAGUUACAGGGUUUUCUUCCACAUAUCUGAUAUUGGUCCCAGGCAAACACAAUACUUGAAGAGCUAGACUCUGCAUCUGAGUGCUAUUGCAUUUCCUACAUUCCUAAGGAAAGAAGCUCCAGAGAAAUAAAGUGUACCACACUUCUUUUAAAAGCAACCUUCAAUUUUUCAGACAGAUAUACGGAUUAGGUGUAUUUAUCCAUUUACUUUGUCCCACACAUAUGUCUACCAUUCUUAAACAUUCUUCUGUUUUUAUUUAUUAAAGAUAAUGCAAUGACCUAGAAGCUCCAAGAGAAAAAAUACUUUGGGGAUAUUAAAAGAAUCUCUUGGCAUUUCUGGGCAUUGUUUCUGUUUGUACCUGGGACAAUGUAUCUGUUAAUAUUUUCCUUAAUCAGAAAGUCCCUGUCUUGGUGAUAAAUCUGGAAAAUUUUGGAAAAUAACCAAGAGAGGCUUAAAAUACAUAUCUUCAAUUUAAGUUAAGCUUUUAAGAGACACUAUUAUAUCUGUUGAAAGUAAUGAAAAAUACUCAAAUUAGCUGUGUGGCCUCUUACAGUGCUGAUAUGCUAAAAGCUGAUCUUAUACUCAAGAUAUUGGUGUAUAGAGCAGUUAGAUAUGAGAAAGUCGUUUUUUAUAUAUUCUUUUAUUUUUGGAAGGUUAAAUGUCCUUUUCUACUUUGUGAUGCUGCUUGUCUUGUAUCUUGUCUUUAUUUAACUUUUUUUUGGAUAAUGCUGCUUUUGGGUCUAUUUUUAUGAGCUGUUGAGUACUUUCACCUCAUUUUGACAUCAGUAAAAAUUGAAAGAUUUCACUUCAGUUCCUGCAAUGGUCAGUUUUAGAGACGUAGCACUGAGUGGAAUUUUUACAGGAUGCUGGAAAUCUUUGUACAAGUCACUUGUAGAAAAUACUCCUUCAAGAGGACAGAAAACUAUACAUGUCUGGGAAGAGGCAUAUUUUUCUACAGGCAGAAAUAUAAUGAUGUCAGAUCAUAUUUUAUAAAAUUCAUAAUACUGUAGACUACUCUUAAUUCUCAUCUAUGUGUCCUUCAUUCCAAAAGGAAGAGGAAACUACUGCUCAGUAUAAUCAGAAAGAGCUUUAGUGUUUAUUUUUCAUCUUGGUAAGUAAUUUUUUUAAUUCUGACUACCAAUACCAUUUACCAUCUGAAAUAACACAACCAUCAGUUCCAUAUAUGCAUUAUAUUGCUCAGACAUACUCAGCACUAUUUCGGCUUCUGAAAUCUUUAUAUUGUGCUUUGUAUAUUUUAUAGUCAUUGUGUAAAAUAUAGCAAUACUGAGGGCACUGGUAUGAAAAAGUACAGCCCAGAAAAAAUAUGUUAGCACUCAUUAACUAAUCAUAUUUUUUCAAAUUCUUGCCACCCUGUUAAGUGAAGAGGAAAGUCUCUGAAACUUCCUUGCCUUUAAUUGUGCCAGCAGUCUCUCAAAGAAACAUAACUUGCAUCUUCUGAAUAAUAUACAGAAUAAACAGUGUAUUUUCAGGGGAGAAAGAGAUGAUCCAAUAUUUAAAGCCAAUGUGUUUCCAUUUGCAUAAUCAUUUCAUUGGUAGCCUUGCAAUACAAGCUAGGCAUUUUUCCCACUAAAAUUUCAGAAUUUGUAUGCAAUCUGGAACAUCAGUGUUAUCGCAGUAGCAACAGAAUGACUUCAAUCACAAUUAUUCUGUGAACCGAAUCCAAAUUUUUUUAAAAUUUCUAAAAUAUAAGAAAUUGUAAGAAUUAGAUUUCAUAUGCAGUAUGUACAUUGGUUGGAGAAUACUGGUAUAAAAAUAGUUGCUCAGGAAUUCUUCAUUGUUUCUAAGUGAAUCUGAAGGAAAAUGCUUUAAAAUGCAUUUUUAAAGUUUGUAAUAUUGAAAAUGCUGGCUUUAUUAAAAUCUAUUGGUGUUUUCACUUGUAAGAUCAAUAUUGUUCUGAAGUCUGUAGCUUUCUGAUGGAAUUUUCAAUCUUUUGUCAUUGUAAAAUCUCUUUGCAAUGGUGUUUGCAUUUCAAUUUAAUAAAAAUUCUUGAAUAAA